AGCUUUUGGGAUUGCGCCGGGCGUGAGCGUGCUGCUAGAGCUUAGCCGCACUCAAUAGUGCUAUUGAAGGUGGUGGCAGAAUAACCACCGGUGUCCUGUCGCCAACCUCAAAUUGUAUAUGGUGUCUGCGUUUUUCUUGUCUUGGCACCAAGACCAGGCCUUUACUAGCCUUUUUUGUUUCAUUUUCCUUUUCAGCUCCCAGGGAAGUGCUCGAUUAAAAAGACCUAGGCGUCUAAUAAGGACAAGAUUCACAAACGAAACAGCCGUCAUAUUUAGGCCACGUGCUAGAAGUUUCGCACGAAGCCACUCGGGGACACAACGGGAAUAUAAUGGUAUGACUGACCAGUGACCACCACCACGGACCCUUGCGCAGUCCUUUGUCC